AUGGAUGAAGAAAGAUUUCGUCAGGUAUGGCCAAGAUGUUUAAUUAUUUUUAUGGGAUUAAUCGAAAUGUGUGCAACAGUGAUAUUAGUCCUUACUGAACUGGGUAAUAUCGCAUCAAGUUUUUGGGUAACAAAUGUAUUUGCUGGAUUUUGGUGUGGUCUGGUGAUGCUCAUUCAUUUUAUAUCAUUAUAUACAGCUGGUUGCUGUGCACCCAAACCACCGGCCGCAAAACGGGCCAUGAUUAUCAGCAUCAUUGCUCUUUUGGCCACUGCACUCUUAAUCGCAUUCGAUGCUGUGUUCAUCAGCAAACCUUAUACGUGUAUUCUAACAUCUUCUUGUACUAGCAAUGCUGCUCAAACAUCGGGUGUAUAUUAUACAUUGCAGCAAUCAUUUUUAAACUUAUUUAAUGCAUUGCCUCCAUUUAAAUCAUAUUCAUCAACGCAAGCGCGUUUCCUUUUUCAAAGUAUUCAAUUGGGUGUUGGUUGUUUGUGUUUUGUUUUAGUUUUGAUAUAUCUAAUUAUUUAUUUUGUUUGCAAAUCAAAAGUUGAAAAACCAGCAGUCUUUCCUCAACCACCAAUAUUGAAUGGUGACAAUGAGAAUGAAUCAUACCCACCGACCCGUCAGCAACAAUAUCCUCCAAUGCAACCUCAACCACAACCGGGUGAACUGCCAUGGGAUCCCCUAACAAAGUAUUAA